CGUCGGAGCAUUACUGUGGGAAAUUGCAGAAUUAAGAAAACCUCAUUCUGAUCUAGAUAAAUCAGAAAUACUCGGUAGUAUUAGAAAACGUAUGCAAGAAAAGUAUUAUGAACCAUUUUCAGAUGAUGUGCCUGGUGAAUGGAAACAAAUUGUAUCUAGAGCUAUGGAGUAUGAACCAGCGUGGCGUUCUACUAUUUCUUGUAUUUGUCGCGAUCUUUAUAAUUUGAUAGGUCCUCGUGAAUACACUAGUUCCAAUUCUAAUUUGGAAAAUAAAGUCUCAACGCCCAAUUAUUCUUCAGAGAGUUACAAGGAAAAUAUAUCAACUAAUAAUAAUCAAAGUUCAUCACCCGUUACUUUAACAAUUCUCCCUGUUGGAGAUGCAAUUCGCGAACACAAAUCCAGCAAUGGAAGCAAACAAGUUGCAUGGAAUAGUUUUAAAUUUCACUCAAUAACCAAUGUUGAGGCAAGAUAUUGG